AUGACUUUGAUCCGCCAUCAACACCUCUUUGUCUUGCUCAGCGCAUGUCUGUCGCUGAUCUGCUUUCAGGCUGGGCUGGUUCGUUCUGGCGUCGGCAGCUCCUCACGCCGUCAAGGACCAUAUGUGCUGGUCUCGGACCAGCACGGGAGAAUCACGGACACCAGCGACUACCUCCCUCUCGAUUCCCCCGGUUCUUCUGACAGUCUCGAGGAUCUCGGGCCUUCAGAGCACGCCUCAAGCGCCGCCUUUGACGCCGUUGUGACGGAUCUGUCGAAUCAAGUCCUGGAGCGGUCUGCCGAGAUUCUGCCCAGUCGCCUCCGCCGUCUCGGCUACCCCUCUGCUACCGUCUCGGUCUUCAAGGACUUCCCUUCGGUCGACAGGCACCCUUUCAAAGCUGCCACGGUGGCUCAGCUUCAAGAGCAGCCUGAAAGAAAGCAGCUCGUUCCCCUAUUUGGCAUGGACGGCAUGCGGACGUAUGCCAUGGCCAUCGAUGAUGUCCCUGGAGCCCGAUGGCCGAUCGCUACCGGGCGUUACGCUGGUAGGGAUGGUGUCACCAAGGCCGUCGUCUUCAGCAUGUUUCGACAUCCGCAGCCUGAGAGGAUGCAGGCGAUGAUGAAGGUGUACGGCGUCAUUCGGAUCAUGAACGCGCCAGACCUACAUCGGCCAUCGGAGCAAGCGAGACUGCUCAUGCACGACCUUGUGGAGACAGCGCGAGUGUGA